UGAAGUACUAUCCUUACUGCGGAUACUCUAUUCGUACGUACGGAUACAGUAGGUUUUAGGCUGAUGCCGCCGUCAUCUUUUUCGCCUUUCUUACACUCAGAAUCACAUCAUCCGACAUCCGUAAGUUGGGGCACAGUCCAUCGUCUCAGCAUGAGAAGGAAUCCAGGCCAAGAGCGUAAGCCGAAAAGAAAAGCCUUGAGCAUGGACCCUCUUGGCCGGCACCACUGGGCAGCCUCGUUGGUCGGUUCGGGUCGGCCUGGGAGCCCUUCGCAUCGGUACGCCUCGUCUCAUCAUUCUUUCCAUUGCGGUCUCCAGUGAUCAGACGGGGCGGGAGGAGGAGGGGGUUGACCUUGACUCGAUGGCCAUGUGUGAAGUCAACUAAUGAAACGGGCAAAAAUACGCAACAGUACCUGAGAUAGUGAGGCUCUCUAGGCUGUUCACUGUGCUCAUCCGCCUUCUGGACUUGCGCGGCUGGUCCGGAAGCCUAGUGGGCAAUAUCCUUUUUGACUUUGCUGACCUCCACGAAGCCGAUAUUGCCAUACUGCAGGCAAUGUUGGGGAAUCCCGUCAGGCUGUCAAGCAGAAACCCGUGCUCCCCACGGCUCGACCGAAAGCGAG